UCUUAGGUUUACAAAGUUCCAAGGCGUAGAACUUCUCACAAAAGAUUCAAAAUGUUUAAAAAUAUGUUUGGUGGUGGGAGUAAGGGGAAGGAGAAGGUUUCAUCUCAAGAAGCCAUCCAAAAGUUGAGAGAUACUGCAGAAAUGUUACAGAAGAAAUCCGAACAUUUGGAAGUAAAAAUAGAGAGAGAACUUAAAACCGCAAAACAACACGGAACUAAAAAUAAAAAAAUGGCAAUUGCUGCUCUUAAACGAAAGAAGCGAUUUGAAAAACAGCUUCAAAAUGUUGAUGGAACGCUUUCAACUGUGGAGUUACAACUCGAGGCUGUACAAAACGCAGAAUCUAACAAGCUGGUGUUGGAUACUAUGAAGACAGGGGCACAAGCAUUGAAACAAGCCCACAAUCAUAUGAAUGCUGAUGAAGUCCAUGAUGUGAUGGACGAAAUUGAUGAACAAAAAGUUAUUUCUGAUGAGAUUACAACCGCGUUAUCAGGUGGAUUUGGAUAUCAAGACGUUGAUGAGGAUGACCUUAUGGCUGAAUUGGAGGAACUUGAGCAAGAAGAGUUCAACGAGAACAUGCUUGAUAUACCGGCUGCAGAAGAACUUCCUGAUGUUCCAACUCAUUCCCUUCCACAGCCAGCAAAAGCAAAAGCAAAAGCAAAGGAGGACGAUGACGAACUGGCAGAACUACAAAUGUGGGCUUCGUAAAUAUAAAGAAAACAAGACAAAUUCUUCCCUUUUCAAUCUGCCGAACUGUGUAGAACACUUUGUAUCAUUAGUCACUUCUAUCCUAGCUUUACCAGUGAAAAAAAAACAUUGUACAAUUUUCGGUACCCAAAUUCAGAAAGAACGGCGUUGUCCAACGCAUGUACAUUGUAAGGCCGUGGUGAUUGUGAUUUAAGAAAGUAUUUGCGGCCGUUUAAUCUACGUAUGCACUUUAUGUAUAUAGUUGACUUACUUCUGCGUAAUAAACGCUUGGUUUGAAUAAAGGAACCAGUGGUUAGAUC